AUGCUGCUCAACCUCACAUACAAAUUCAAUCGGUUCUUUGUGAUCAACGACUUUGUGGAGUUUAGUCUCACGCUAGGAAUCUUGCCGGUUUCGUUUCUAGCACUCCUCCAGAUCGACAACACCUUAUGGGUGACACAGGCAUUGACGUUGAAACGAGCGAGGCAGGAGAGACUAAGAAAAAGUCUGGGGAUGAGCCGUCCGAUGGACGAUGACGACGAAGACAAUUUCAGCCCGUUUCCCCAAGAGGAGGAAUUCAGCUCUAGUGAUUGGUUCGAGCCGGGGGCCAUGUGCGAAUUCAAGAAGUUGACAAACAAAGUCUUGCAAGAUCGGUUGAUGAUCCGCAGUUUUGCGCUCUUCCACAGUCUCGUGGAUGUAGACGGUAUUCCGUUCGCCAGCAUUGAAUACUACCGCUCCUUCGGAAGCGCCCAUAUUAUCGACUACCUCACGCACUCUAAGACCGACCUCUUUGACGAAGCUAGCCCCGUUUCGUUUGACUUGGUAAAGUACGAAAUGGAUGAUCUUGUUAUGAAGAAGCGGGUGAUGCGAGACGAUGGAGGUGGUGUCUACCCCCGGUUUUGUCCUACUUUGGAGGAAGGCAACCAGCUUCUUUCCGACGCCAUGCUAAUAGCGAUAGACAAGGCAACGCGAAGCCAGCACCUUACGAUCCAGGAUAUUACAGGCCUCUUGGACCGGGCCGUACGGGAGGUCCAUCUGUAUGCAGCGGCGCACACGCCUUUCGUGAAGGUUGUGCCCAACGCCAGCGAUAGGCUCUACGCACUUACAAAUUUUCAAGAGGAACUAACGCCGGAAGACUGCCCUAUUACGCUCUACCAGAACAUUUACGGCGAAACGCCUUGGGCGUGGGUGCGGUGGUACGAGCGCGAGCCAAGGAUGUCGCCUCAAAACGAGCCAAACGACAGCGAGAAGAUCAACUCGGCUGAGAACAGCCAUGACUACUUCACAGACCUCGAUCCGGUGUUAUCCAAGAGAACCGCCGAAUACAACAUGGAAUCUAUCCGUUCUAAUGUGGUUCCGAUUCCAGAAGACAGAAAGCUUAAGCGUGACUUGAAGGCCAGGCACAUGAUCAUGAUUGCGAUUGGUGGGGCUGUCGGCCCGGGUUUAUUGAUCGGUUCCGGGAGCACCUUGUACCACUCCGGACCGGGCUCCGCUGUUAUUGCCUACGCCUUUGUCGGUAUCUUGGUCUACGCCGUCAUGGCCGCCAUGGGUGAAAUGGCCACCUACAUCCCGCUUCCAGGUGGGUUUGCCGAAUACUCUGCUAGAUACGCGGACCCAGCCUUGGGCUUCGCUACCGGCUGGACCUACUUGUUCUCUUACUUGAUCUCGACACCAAACCAGUUGACCUCCGCCGCCUUGGUUAUGCAAUACUGGGUUCCCCGCGAAAAGCUCAACCCCGGUGUCUGGAUUGUCAUUUUCAUGAUUAUCAUCUGGACCAUUAACGCUAUUGGCGUGAAAUGGUUCGGUGAAAUUGAGUUCUGGUUGUCUGCCUUGAAAAUUAUCACGAUUUUGGGCUUGAUUAUUCUUUUGAUUGUCAUCACCGCUGGUGGUGGUCCGACCCACGAAACCCUUGGUUUCAAGUACUGGAAACACCCUGGUGCCUUCCGUCCAAUGAUUGGAACUACCGGUGCCGCCGGUAAGGUGGCUGCCUGGGUCAGUGUGUUGGUCAAUGCCCUUUUCGCUUUCAUUGGUAUUGAGUUCGUUGUGGUUACCAGUUCCGAGUGUACCACUCCACGUAAGACCAUUCCAAAGGCCAUCAAGUUGACUUUCUACCGAAUCUUGUUUUUCUAUGUCGCCUCCAUGUUCCUUCUCGGGUGCACGGUUGCGUACAACGACCCAGGCUUAGAGGCGGCCCUCGAUGCUACUGCCGGUGCCUCGGCCUCUCCAUUCGUGCUUGCCAUUGUCAAUGCCAAGAUCCCGUACUUGCCACACAUUUUGAACGCCUGUAUCUUGAUCUUUGCCCUUUCUUCCGCCAACUCUGAUUUCUACGUGUGCACCCGUACCUUGUACGGGUUGGCGUACAAGAACCAGGCUCCUCGGUUCUUUUCCAAAACCAACAAGCAGGGGGUGCCGAUCUAUUCCUUCAUGUUCUGUGCUGCGUUCAUGUGUAUUGCGUUCAUGAACGUCUCUUCCGCCUCGAUGACCGUUUUCAGCUACUUUGUUAACGUUGUUGGUAUCUUUGGUCUUCUCGUGUGGAUUUCCAUGUUAUACACCCAUAUUUGUUUCAUGAGGGCGUUGAAGGCCCAGGGUAUUUCUCGCGACUCCUUGGUCUGGAAGGCUCCGUUUGCCCCAUUCUUCACCUACUUUGCGUUGUUCUUCUGCAUUCUCGUGGCUCUCAUCAAGAACUUUGACGUAUUUGUUGGUAAGUUUGACUACAAAAACUUCAUCACCGGGUACAUUGGGAUUCCUGUUUAUUUAAUUUGUAUCGUGGGUUACAAGUUGAUCAUGAAGCCAGCCAGAGUCAAGGCGGCGGAGGCGGAUUUGUUCACGUACAAGGACGUUGUCGACAAGGAAGAGGGCGACUUCCUUGCUCUCCAAGCGAAGAAGAGAGAAGAGUUUGGUCUCAGCAGAGGCCAAUGGUUCUACGAGACCUUUUUGGCCUGGUGCUUCUAA